CCGAAUCCUGCCAAUUCAGAGGAUGAGGCCUACCUUGCGGAGUCAGCAGCAAAACGGGCGGAAUGGCCCAUCCUGACCGCCAAGACGAGCUGCGCUGAGGCCAUGCGAAAGGUCAUUCACUGGCUGCCUGUGUUGCCAUGCCUUCCGGUGGCGGAAAGCGACCCUGCACAUAGAGAUGGGAUUCUGGGAUUUGUUCAUCCCGGAGACCUUUUGGUUGGUCUAGACCUUCACUGUUUACCUCACUACCCGCGCCGCCUUCUUUCCUUCUUUCUCUUCUUCCUUCCCUUUCCUCAUUAA